AUGCAGUCAAUAUCGACGUCGAAUCUUCUUGAAAUCGAAACUAAUAACAAUGGUAAUGAGCAACCAUUUUUUCGAAAAUGGUGGAAUGCAAUGCAUAGCUACCGAGUAAAAGUAUCUGUAUGCUGUCCAUUGGUUACCCUUGGUCUAGUAGCGCUACUUGUCUUCUUCGUUUUUAUGCUAAUAUAUCUUCCAAAUAGACAACAGCACGUGACAAAUGUUCACAUAAUUUCGGUGUCAUAUGUGCUUAUCUAUGGGACCAAUACAAAGCUCGGACAAGCUACGAAUGCUUCCGAUUUGGCCAGCAUAGCGAAUAAUUUAAUGAAAUUAACCGAUCUCACCGGUAUUAUUGUUGUGAAUGCUAAGUUGAUUCCAGCACCGAUCGACACUGCUCCUAGAAAACGACAAGUACUAUCGGAGACAAUUCAAUGUCAGAAAGAUCCUGGCACAACAGGUGAUCUGUUGGUUUUGACAAUAUCAGUGAAUUACCCAGGCGAUUGUGUUGACACCGACUGUCGAAAAGCACAUGAUAACAAAAUUCGAAAUCUGUUUAAUAGUUUGCACGCUAAGCUAAGUUUUGAGAUCAUGUUUGCCAACGGUCAAAUGCCACGAAUGGAGCUGAGUUUCUGUUUCAUCGAAUCGCUCUCUACAGCGGCAUGUUGGCCAGCUUGUUCAAAUGGCGGUACAUGUUCAUCUGACGGAACAUGCUUGUGUCGAACUGGUUGGAAUGGUUCAGAUUGUACAAUACCCGUCUGCUCGAAAUCAUGCCUGAAUAAUGGCACCUGUUCUUCACCCAACACUUGCACUUGUAUAUCGGAAUGGGACGGUUCAACUUGUGCGAUUCCUGUGUGCUCAAAAGCUUGCCUGAACAAUGGCACUUGUUCUUCACCCAACACUUGCACUUGUGCAACGGGAUGGGAUGGUCCAACUUGUGAAAAUCCUAUCUGUUCUACACAAUGUAAAAACAAUGGCACGUGCAUAGGACCCAAUAAAUGUUCUUGUACAACAGGGUGGAGUGGCUCAGACUGUUCAGCUCCGGUUUGCUUGCCUCAAUGCCAAAACAAUGGUACAUGUACAGGCCCUGGUGUGUGCAAUUGUACAGUAGAUUGGACAGACUCAGAUUGUACAACACCAAUAUGUUCCAUCCCAUGUUCAAAUGGUGUCUGCUCAAAACCUGGAGUUUGUUCGUGUGCAGCGGGAUGGCAAGGAUCCCAAUGUAUAACUCCUGUCUGUUCGAAGCCAUGCUUGAAUAAUGGUACCUGUUCUUCACCCAACACUUGCACUUGUAUAUCGGGAUGGGACGGUUCAACUUGUGCGAUUCCUGUGUGCUCAAAAGUUUGCCUGAACAAUGGCACUUGUUCUUCACCGAAUAUCUGCACUUGUGCAACGGGAUGGAAUGGUCCAACUUGUGAAAAUCCUGUCUGUUCUACACAAUGUAAAAACAAUGGCACAUGCAUAGCACCCAAUAAAUGCUCUUGCAUGGCAGGAUGGUCUGCAUCCGAUUGCUCGGUCGCUAUCUGCUUGCCUCAAUGUCAAAACAAUGGCACAUGCGCAAGUCCUGGCCUUUGCAACUGCUCAUUCGGUUGGACAGGCUCAGAUUGUGGAACACCGAUAUGCUCAACACCAUGCUCCAAUGGUGUUUGUUCGAGUCCUGGCAUUUGUUCAUGCACAACAGGAUGGCAAGGAUCUGAUUGUAAAACUCCUAUCUGCUCUCAAGGUUGUUUCAACAAUGCCACGUGCGGAUUACCAGGAGUAUGUACAUGUGCAUCCGGUUGGACAGGAUCAAACUGCACCACAGCGAUUUGCCUACCGGAGUGUUUAAAUAAUGGCGUAUGCGUUAGCCCGGGUACAUGUCAAUGCACAAAUAGUUGGAGCGGAUCAAAUUGUCAGUCUCCUGUUUGUACUUCCCAAUGUUUAAAUGGUGGCGUGUGUUCUUCUCCCGGGAUUUGUACUUGUUCAGCGGGAUGGUCUGGAUCUACUUGUGAAACAGCUAUUUGCUCCAGUUCAUGUCUGAAUGGAGGCGUCUGUCAAACUCCGAAUGUUUGUUCUUGUACGCCUGGAUGGACAGGUUCAAACUGUCAAACACCUAUGUGCACCCCUGUAUGUUCCAACGGUGGCACGUGUUCAUCUUCUAGGACGUGUAUAUGCGUAACAGGAUGGAAUGGAGUAGAUUGUACAACGCCUAUCUGUUCUCGAGGCUGUGACAAUGGUGGCUAUUGUGUUAGCCCAGAAAAAUGCUAUUGUCCACGAGAAUGGAGUGGACCAGAAUGCCGAAAACGAGUUGAGGACAAUGGUUGUUAUUUUGAAGUGGGAGAUCGAGUUUGGUCGCUUAGUACAGAUGGAAACUCGUUCAUUGAAGACGAAAUUGUGUUAAUGAUGCAUAAUGAACCGAACAAAACAGAAACUUUCUAUACAAUGGAAACCGUCGAUGAUAGCGUUAUUAGUUUGACAGCAACUCAUAAUAUUCCAGUUUAUGAUGCAGAAAUGGAUCAAAUCAGAUAUCUACGUGCAUCGAAAGUAACGAGCGAACAUCACCUGAUUCUGUUCAAUCGAAGAGUAGCAAUCAGAAACAUCACCACAACUUCUCGUCUGGGUUACUACUCACCAUUAACUUUGAGUGGAUAUUUAUAUGUCAAUAAUAUAUCAACAUCUGUUUUUUCUGACAGCUAUGGAGUAUCGCCAGACACUCUUCAACGUUUCUUCACACCAAUUCGUAUGUACUAUUGCGUCAUGCGAUGGUAUUUUGGUAACAAUUAUGAUCCCUUUGAAACCAAUACGAAAGAAGGCUUGCAUCCUUUCAUUCAUUAUCUCAAAGAAAAUAAGCAUGUGUUCAAAAUUAUUUAUUUCAGUCUCAAAUACGUCUUUCUUAUCUCAAUAUUCUAUCUCUUCUAUAAGUAUUUGUCUACCAUUAUUUCUUCCAAAGUGCAUUGA